AUGAUCUACGAUCGCAUUGCGGAAGAAAUCAAAUCAAAGCUUAAGCAACCCGAAAACCCCAAAUCGAUCAAACAUCUGUCGAUCACCGAAAAAUGCAGCGGGGUCGUCCAUCUGGUGGCUAUCAGAGGCAUCCAAUCAUCAUUUCUUCUCUCACACAAUUACAUGCACGACUGGAGUGUUUUACCAAUUUAUCAUCUACCGAUGUCGACGUUUUGUAGACUUCACAUCGUAUCCCCUGUCGGCCUCCCACCACCUUUUGCCCCUGCGGUAGAAAUUGAGGACUUUGAAAAACUGGCUAAAGAUCUUGAGAAUGCUUCCCCACUUGAAAUCAUGGAUAAAGCCUUGGAGAAAUAUGGCAAUGACAUUGCUAUUGCUUUCAGCUCUUAUUGA